GCCAUUUCAAUUGUAAUUUAAACAUACAUUGUCAUUUUGACGGAAGAUUUCAAUCCUCUUCAAAUCAUCAAAAUUCCAGUAAAUAUGAAACCAAUCCCUUUAUCGACGGCCAAAAAGAGCUUGGAAGUGGUGUACCCGAUGAUCACGAAAAGAUUGUCUUCAACGGAGCAAAAGCCCAACAUGGAAGAAAAAAAUCAGCCCGACUUUGAGCCUGAAAGACCGGAAAGACCGACAUUCAUUAAUGUAGCCGGCUUGCGCAAAAUGGAAAUGGAGAACAUCACUAUACAUGCAGAUACUUGGUGGAAGGAGAAAUACAUCAUGCGUGAUAUCGCGUUAAAAAAGAAGAAAUGGCCGGUGAAAAGGUACAUCGUGAAGCCUGCGCCAAAGAGAACAGACAAAUACAAAUUUCCUUAACAAUUUAACUGAUAUUUAAGGGUUUUGAAAUGGAUUGUAGUCUUGAAGUAGUA